CUCGAGCGUCGUUUAAAUGUCGCAUUAUGAUUAACAUUAAACGAAUGGCCACGCUUGAAUUUCGGCGGGUAUCAAAUCAAAAUCAGCUCUCGUUUGACGAGGAAUUGGCACGCGCGAUCGAAACGCGAGAUUCUCGUUCGAUAAAUCGACAGUCUCCCGUACUCGAGGCCGUUGGCACUUGUUCGCAUUCAGCUUCCAGUUUGCGCUCCACUGUCGGUUUUAGCGUUCACCUUUAAGAUCGCCGCUGAUCACCUUUAAGAUCGUGAAAAAUAAAUUCUCCGGCGGACGAUCCGCGGAUGAUACAAUCGCGAAUAUUUCGUAAUAUUCGCGACGUUGUGAUCGACACUCGUCCGUGUUACUCGAAUUUACGAUUCGACGACAGCCACUUACGGCGAGUCGCAUGCCCCUCAUUUCUUUUUUUAUAUAAAACAAGGAUAAAAUAUAUUCGAAUCCUAAUCGCGUGUCGAUUUCGCAAGUGGUUUCGCGCCGCUAAGCAUUCCAGCGUUUGAAGCUAUUUGCGAGUCUUUUAUCUAUUCUCAACGUGUUUCGUCACACAGUCACUUUUCGGUCAAGGUAAUGUCGACUUUAAUUAGCUAUUGCAAUACUCUUCGACGAUCCGCCGAUCGGGACAUCCUGUCCUUCACGCCUUCGCGUGAAGCAAAAGAACUUGCUUGGAUUACCAUACCCGAGUCACCCAGUAUAAUCCAUGCGACAUUAAAACCCCUGCGACAUUAAAAUGGCAUAACAACGCCACGGACGGCAGGUACGCGCGUACGAGUCUUAUCUUUCACGCUCUCGAUUAAAGUGGAGAUGUAGUGACUUUUAAAAAUCCGGCUUUUACCGCCACUCGACUCAUCUGAAGGGCACACUUGACGGUGGGGAAAGGAGGGAUUGGAAAGGAGAGGAGGAGUGAUAUAAAAUUAAAAAGCCAGGCCGACAACGAUUAUUCGUUUUAAAACGGCUCGCGUACGGAGAGGCACACUCUUUUUUCCCUUUUCUUCCCAAAGGCGACAGUCUGUCCGCGUCUCUGUCGCGUUAAAUGUCAAACAUUCCUCUUUUUGAGGCAGCAGUUAGUAAUUUCACUUCCACUCGCGCGCGCUCGCGCGUAAUCCACUUUCACGAAACCGGUAUUGUGGUGCGCGACACUCGCACGGGGAUCACGGCGACGGCGGCGGCGGCGGCGGCGGCGGCGGCGGCGGCUCGCUGGUGUUCUCGAGAACAUCGAAAAUUGUCAAACCGGUCGGUCAAUCGGACCUGUCGCGAAACUCCGCUGGUUUCCGCGCGACAGCCGGCUCUCGCUGUUUUCGUUUCCGCAUUGGAAGCUCUCGUAGUCUCGUAGGGUUGACAGUGGACGUACCUGUGCAGAUGUCGCGUGUCGGUUUCAUGUGUUACACGGUGCGCUGAGGAUCGAGGACCGAAGGUGGAAAACCGUAGUGCGGGGGACGCCUCUCGGUGGAAUUUCUUUAGCCAACUUCAGCGAAACGCUCGAGAUGGAAACGUGCUGGCUCGCGGUGUGGAUGCUGCUCGUCUGUUUCAUAGGCGACGCGCGGCCGCAGUACAGGGACAAAAAUAUAAGCACGGCGGAGACGAGCGCGGUACAGGCGCUCUUGGCCCGGUAUCUUCAGCGUCGUCUUCAGGGCUCUCAGCUGUCGACGCCGCCGCCGCCGUCGGUCCUCUUCAGUAACGAUCACCGGGCCCGCGUGAGACAGGCCAGCCAGAGGUCACCCAGCAACAGUCUCUCGCAAAAUGUCAGCGACAAGGACGGGGACCAACACGUCUCUGACGAUUACGACGAUUACGAGGACGACCUCGAGGGCUACGAGGACAGCGAAAGGAGCAGGACCAGAUUCGACCUCCUGGCGGACGACUGUUCGAACUGCGUGGACGAGCACAGCAGCAGCUUGGCGGCUUCAAGAUGGACGAUGCCGCUGCUAAAGCUGGGCGAGAAGAGAUACUACCUAGGGAUCUUCUUCAAGGCGAACUGGUACAGAGCCUCGCAAUAUUGCCGUUAUCACGGGAUGCAUCUGGCGAGCAUAGCCUCGCAGGAGGAGAACGACAGGCUCGAGAAGCAUAUCAAGGACUUCGGACUCGGCCAUGAGCAUUUUUGGACCUCCGGCACCGAUCAGGCCGAGGAGGGUACUUUCUUCUGGAUGGCCAACGGCAGGCCGAUCACCUUUGAGAACUGGAACGUCGGCGAGCCGAAUAAUUUCCGAUACGAGAACGGCGAGGAGGAGCACUGUCUCGAGCUCUGGAACAGGGACGGCAAAGGGCUCAAGUGGAACGACAGCCCCUGCAGCUUCGAGACUUUCUUCGUCUGUGAAGUGCAGUGAUCAAUUCGCGGGACAGGCCGGAGGGACUCGGAUGCGCGGGCAGUGGCCAGGGGUAUUCGCCUGUCCUCGAGGAUCACCUCGAGGAAGCUGCGUGUGACAUUCUCAUCGGUCGGCCGUUCGUUUCGGUGGACUUGGCGAGGCAGAGAAAUUUGACGUGACGUGUGCGCUCGGACUGGAAAUGACGCGCGAUUAGCCGUUCGCUACCACUGUCACGUUUCGCGCCCCGGAAUUCACGAGAAUGUGACGAGAUGCAUUUGUGUGUCUGUGUAUGUGCGUGUUUGUUUGUUGUGUGACCGUGAGUACGUACGUGCAAAAUGACGUCCGACUCGGUCGGUUCUUCUCUCUGUAAAAAGAACCACUCCGGCCGACUGACCGAGCGUCGGGCCGUCUUUCGAAUUAAAAGUCGAACGCGUAACAAAUAGCUGUGUACUUCCGCGAGAAGUCUCUUUCGUGGAUCGGUAAAUCGGGAGGAAGAGUGAGAUGUUAUUGAUGAAGAAGACGAUAAUUCGCAAUCGAGCCAGCGAUGCAAGCAACUCGUCGAUCUUCUGCACGAAGUAAUUCAUUAAGUGGAACAACUUCACUCUCCGUUGUUCGGUCAUUUAAAUUUCACGACGUUGACUUUUGAGAAGAGAGAGAGAGAGAGAGAGAGAGAGAGAGAGAGAGAGAGAGAGAAGAGGGAGGAAAAAGAAAGAAACGGUAAUAGAAACGAUCUCGCGCGAAUGAAUUCAAACUUAGACACAUCAGCGUUUCGAGACGCUUGUUCGCACGUUUCUUUCGGCAAAAUUGAGCGCAGCUUCUGCCUGACGAGAUACUUCGAUUCUCCAGAGAGAGAAGCUGUCGCGUACCGAUCUUUUUCACGAUCGAAGAAUCGAUCGGCAAAUAUCAACGGCGCGGCUGCUAUUUCAGGAGUGGAUGACAAAGGAGCGGCGUUAGUGCGAUAUAUAAUAUCGCUAUCGCGAAUUAUUUUUGCAAAUCUCCCCUGUGCAAUUUAUAUGGAAUCGCUGCUAAAUUCAUCCGCUCGUCCAUCCUUUGAUCGCAACAAACUUUCGAGUUUCUGACGCGAUGCUGACACCACGUAUCGAUUAAUCAACUAUCCAAUGAAACGUAGGUCAUAUAGUAGGAGUUAACACACGUCGUUGUUAUUAAUUAUUAUUACUAUUAUUAUUAUUAUUAUUAUUAUUAUUAUUGCACAAAUCGCUACGUCGACACAUGUGACACGGGCAUUUGUUAGUUCAUGUGUGUCUACUCGCAGAGAUAUUCCGCAGACGUAUCCUCUUGCGGAUGUAUUUUCGCAUGUGAAAUCAAAUCAAGCAACGUUACCUAGCGGUUAAGCGACAGAAUUAAUUCGCCAACUUUUCGCGAAUAUCACGGAGCAGGUGAUCGAGCGAAGCUCUAUUCCCUUCGACACAGCCACUAAUCUAAGCUCGACCGUAUCUUAAUUUCUUGUACUUUAACAAUUUAUAUCAAUACACGUACGUAACAUACAUGUAUAUAUAGGUAUGCAGAUUGCGUGUGUGUGUGUGUGUGUGUGUGUGUGUGUUUUGUACUGGGCACACAUACAUUUGUUAAAUAGAUAGUGACCUGUGCCGCGCAUAAUGCUAGUUGCUAGUAUCACACGAACAGACCAAAAGACUCUCGCGAUGCUGCAACGCGCGCGUCGGUAUUCGAGAGAGAGAGAGAGAGAGAGAGAGAGAGAGAAGCAGUCGUUCAAGAGUUCAAGUACUUACCAUGUAUAUUCACCGUUAGAGAUUUCUCCGUAAAAUGCACUUUGAUAGGCAGCAUCGCACUCGUAACCGUUAUCAUCCAUGGCGAUUCUGAACACUCGUCGAAAGAUAACGGCCGGGCCGUUUAACGUGCGUUUACGAUCUUCGGAAUAUUAACUUGAAUCUCGCUUGAAAUCCGCGGAGAGAGAGAGAGAGAGAGAGAGAGAGAGAGAGAGAGAGAGAGAGAGAAGUUGGAACUCUGAGAGUCUCGGUUCUGCAUUUUUCAGAUUCUCAGUUUCCAUCCAGCACUUAAGGUACUCGAAUAUUAAUUUUCUGGAAUAUUUAACAUUGUGGAACAUUUGAAAUAUCAAGGACUUCAGCUCCUCGACAUCUCUCCGAAUAUUUCUCGUUGGACUUUAAUUCCCGAAAUUUUCACUCUUUACGUUCUGAUACGGAUAACAGAAUUAUUUUCUUCCACCAACUUCAACAAGUGAAUUUUACUUCAGCAGGCUUUUAAUUCUGUUACGGAUUUUGAUCGCGUUAUGUUGAAAGUUAAAAAGCCAUCAUGAAUAAUGAACUUCCUUGACAUUUUCGCCACGGAAGAGUUGUUAAUAAUUCUCACGAGAAACAGCGCUGUGCAAAUAAUGAGCGCAAAUUAUAGAACAGCCCCUACAUGUUCGACAUUAUAACGGCCGCGAUGUACAUUAAUUAGGUCGCGGUAUAAAUAAGCGUUGUAAUAGAUCCCGUACGAGCGGUAGUUGGCUCCCGUGGCAAAUGAAACGAGAAUUCGUCGUUGUAUUCUAUGUAUAUUCGCCGUACCGUUAGAAAUUUCAAAGAGGAAGUGUGCGUGAGAGAGAGAGAGAGAGAGAGAGAGAGAGAGAGAGAGAGAGAGAGAGAGAGAAACGGCGUUGUACAUGGCAUUAUUUAGCGUUAAAUAAUAAAUCAAAACUAUACCUCGAUACAUCGAUACUUUAAAUCACUGUAUCUGUCCGUUAAGAUGCAUUUAAAGAAAAAUCUGACGAUUAAACACUCGUCUUUUCCGACCGCCAUCCUUUCUGCUUAUUUGCUAGUAAAUAACCGCAAUUCAUGACGCACUUUCGUACAGUACAUAAUUAUUGGAAAUCGGUUUUGUAUCGUAUCACAUGUGUCUCUUAAUUAAUUUAUUUAUUCGCUAUGUUUGGCGAUAAACUCCGAGCCGUGUGAUGUUAUUAUUCUAUUAUCGUAAUCAUGCACCAGCGGAAUUUCGAUAUUUAUAAACAACGCGCGUCUUUUUGAUAAAAUACGAGAGUUCUCUCGAAGAGACGCGUGUGAGUAGAAUUUUUAUUAUCUUAUUGCGAUUAUCGUGUUGCGUAUUGUUGAGCUUAGAGAAAGAAGGAGAUGGAGAAAGAAAGAAAGAUGUAUACGUUAAAAUGAUGGGAAUUUGCCCCGUCAUCCCGUAACGUUCGAUAGCGAUCGCUGAUUUUCCAUGUUUCAUCGUUAAACUCGAUGAAAAAAAAAAAAGAAAGAAAACAAGAAAGCAGAAACAAGAAAUUAAUCACUAAAAAGAACUCUUUUGCGGUGAAAUGGACGUGACACCGUGUCACUAUCGAAGUAAAAGAACCGCACCGUUGCACUGUGAAACAAUAUCCGAAGUGUCCGAUUGUUAAUUUCGUUAUCCUAUCAAAUAUCCGGUGUAUUUAAUAUUUGAUCGGAUAUUUGAUCGGAUAACAAAAUUAACAAUCGGAUAUUUCUGAUAUUUUCCUCCGUGUGCAUUUCAACGCGAACGUUUUUCUUACUCCGUGCAAGAGUGCAUCGAUUUGGCGAAUCUCGACAACAGCAAAAUUUGAAGACACCGAGAUAUUAUUCCCGGCGCAGCGGACAUUUUUCCAAAGCUCCGCCAAGAGAAUCCCGCGAGUUCCAGGGGUCUUAAUCAAGACGCGACGUUAAUACUCCGCUCGUCACAUCCCGCAAAGGAAUUGAAUUUAUUUCGGAGACCCGCCUCGAGAUAUACAAUAAUGCCGAGGUAAUGACGCGCACAGACAUUCGUAGCGUCGGAUAAUCCGAUGCAAACGCGAAAGCCAUGUCGACACGCUAUUAGCCGACGCGCGCAGAAGAAGGAAACCCGAUGCCCCGGCUUAAUGGAAGCUGCUGCGCGAUGUAACCGUGGUCCCGUAACGAAUCUUUCCGGCCGACAUGAGCUGUGCUCCGUCGGCGUUUCCGUCGGCGAGACCCGCCUCCUCACUUGUAUCCGCCACUUCCGCUGCUCGUCCGGAUUGACAGAACCAAUUAGUAGCUCCGUCGAUUUUUUCCUAUUUCUGGGAAACAACAAUCGCCCCUCGCGAGGGGGCUGAGGCUGGAAGGAAACAGCACCGGCUCGUUUGAAAGGGUCGUCGGAAGGGACGGACGGACAGACGAGAGGCCGGGGGCUUCGGUAAUGAGAGAGACGCUUCGUCGAUAGACGUAGACAUAACGUUGUUAACGCAAGUCGCGUUACCGUAAUCGAGCGGAACAUAGUCGCGCGUCGCGCGGACUCGCUUCUGCAAUUUUCCACGGGCCAGGGAAAAUUGCGCUGCAGCAUCGAAGCGUAUUACACGCAGCCACAAUUAACACAGAGAGGAGGCAAAUACGCGCGCAUAGAAGGAGAAUGAAGGAGGGAAGAGGGGAAGCAGACGAAUCUACGCGAAAUUCAUUACUGACGCGGCUGUUAAAACCGUGAAGAUGAAACAUUCAUAACUAUACGCGCGCGCGCGCGCAAUUGUUUCCCGCUCGCCUAUUUUAUACACGGGCUUGGAAAACACGCGUGAUAUCGUUUGCGCAAUUGUGUCUGUGUGUGUGUGUGUGUGUGUUAUCACCCGUGAUAACACGGCCAUUGGGCGCCGGGUAAACAUUUUUCGCGUAUUUCAGCCUGUCCCCGUUCCCUCUCAUCGGCCGCGCGAGCGCGAUUCACCGGCUAAUUAUUCACCGGUCCGCUCGACCGUUUGGCAGGUAUGGCCCGAAAAGAGAAACAAAAAGUAAAGCAGACGAGGAGAAGGAAAAAGCAGGGAGAAGCGAGAUGAAACGAGGGGCGGAGGGAACGAGACGCGGCACUUUGGCUGCAUUUAGAUCUGUUUUCUUCGAGAGAACGUCGCGUUGGGUCCGUCCACUGUAACGAGCAAUUUAUGCCACCGGGACUUUAUUUAGAUGGCAAUAAAUGCAGAUUCGCCGAAGGAGCGGCCGCGGUGGCUCCAUAGGGAAACCGUAAAGUAUACCGUAAUGUGCAACAACGCGCGUACAAUGCAGCGAUGGGGACGCGUUUGUUUUUCAUGGUUUGUUUUUCACGGCGAGCGGGCAUCCUCCCCCCUCCCUCCCCCCCCGCCCCGAACCGUCGUAAUGCGGCAUACCGCGUGAAAUCUUUGACGUUGCCUGCCCGUCUUGCAUGUUUGGGGAGUGUAAAACGGUUCCGAUGCAAUGAGACAAGCUACAGGCGUUGAGUCAAUUAAACUCUCUGCUGAAUAAAAUAAUUAAAAUUAACUUGGAGUGAAUAACGAAGAUCGACCGUUUUAAAUCGGCCGCUUCGGUCCGAUCGAUCAGACGCUGAUUAAUAAUUAAUUUCGUCAGUUGAUUAAACAUUUGUAAUUGCACAUAUGACUAUGGAUUAAUUCUGAUCGUUGGCCUGCUGAUUAUUUUAGCCAAUCACGAUUCGGGCCGAUUGACGCCCGAUAUUGAAAUACUUGCGUUCUCCUGGAGUUCUCCGUCGCAGCGUUGUGGCGAAUUUACUUUCCGUCGAGUUUCAGCGCGAUUGUACAAUCUUCUCGAAGAGAUCGUAGUUUCACGUAGUCAUCUCGACCCGCCGGUUGCGACGAGGAACGGACGAGAAAAUAAUCACGGUAACGUCGUUUCCACGCUGGACGCUGAGUCCGAGUAAAUUACGGUGCGAUCUCGCGAGUAAUGCGUUUCCAACGCGCGGCACGACUACUGUGUAAAUUCAAACUCGUGUAAAUUGCAAUCACGGGGAUACACGGCGCGUAUUGGUCAUUGUUUAAACAGAGAUCUAUUUUACCAGGAGAUUACAGCGCGCUCGCGGAGAUGAGAGCGUGGCGGGCCUCGAACGACGGCUCGCAAAAUAUAAAAAUCAAUUUGCAUUUGUUCAUUGAAAUAGCGCGCCGCUCAGAGGUAGCACGAUAACAGCCAGUUUGCAGCAGAAAUAUGUCUGCUUAUCUAAGUUCACCAGCACCAGCGGUUAUUUAUGCCAGUUACGCCCCCGCGUAAAAUCGAUGAACGUUAACGUUCCCGUUUUUCCACCUUUACCGGCGACUGAUGAACCAAGAUCGCGAUGUUUUCUAUAUGUUCCGUUAUUGAUAAUCCUAAUGAUAAUGAUUGUUAUUCGCAUACAUAAAUUCGAGUUUAUUAACUGAAUCACCGACGAGACCCAAAUCAAGUGUUUCACGAGAUUUAGAGUAGCAGAGAAAUCUCCUCGAGCGCUUACGCCCUCUUAGGAAUAUCACAGCUGGAAUACGAAGCUGUAGCUCGAAAUAAACAUAAAUCGUAAGCGAUAUGGAGCGAUGUGAAAAAGAAAUAUCGGAAAGUAUCAAGAAGGUAACUAACACUAAGCUUUUAUUUAAAUUAUACUCGAGAGAGAAGAACACACAUAUUCUUCAGGCCUGCGUAUUCCCCCCAUGGAUGAUCGUUGACACGAAUGGAUCGUUGCUGUUUCU